CACUACUUGUGAUCAACGACUCUCAACUUUUAAGCAGUUAUACUGCAGAAAAACAGCUAUAUAUUCUACUAGAAACGUCAGAUCAUGAGGGACUCUGUCAUUGCCAGUGAACUCAACACUGGUGAAGGAGAGCGACGAUUCAAGUAUCAAUCGUUCAAAACCAGAGUCGAACAUAUAAAAAUAGAUGUGGUCCAUCGAGUCAAGCGAUAUGAAGAAGACCCAGACGAACAUGGAUCGUAUUUUAACGAAGCACUGGAAGAAUGGAAAGAGAAGAACCUCACAACACAUUUUUCGCUGUUUGUGCGAGAUAUACAAAUGUAUGUCAAGACUCUACCAUCCAUUUUGUAUCACAAGGAACGGCUGGUAGCCUGCAUAGAGAAGCACCUACAGGUGCCCGAUAGUUUGGCAUUAGACGCCAUCCUUGACCUUACAACCAAACUUGCAAAGGAUUUGGAGUCGGAAUUUUAUCCUUAUUUCGGUCAAAUUUUCGCGGCUAUUGUUCCUCAUAUCAAGCACCGAGAUGUCAAGACUUUGGAGAGCGUCUUCAACUGCAUAGCUUAUUUGUUCAAAUACCUCUCUAAGCAAAUGACCAACGACCUCUGCCCAACAUUCGCAAUGCUUGCACCCUUAUUGGGUGAAGAUAAUCAACAGAAACCCUACAUUCGACAUUUUGCUGCCGAAUCCUUUGCCUUCCUGUUGAGAAAGGCUCGUGGAAAGGACUUGACGUUGAUUAUGGAGUAUAUCUUAGAAAGAGUCCGACAAGAACCCAAUGAAGAAUUUGUAGAGGGUGUGGCUAUGCUGUUCUUUGAAUGUAUCAAGCAAGUGGAUCAUCAGCUACAUUCUCGCGGCGUUGCCAUCUUUAAGGAACUGAUAUUACACAUGUACCGAGAAGAUGUCGACAGCAUUACUAUUGAAGAAAACUCUACAUAUCGAGUUCUCAGUAAAACAACGCUCCUCAUCAUUCACCAUACCUAUCGACAACACAUCACACAGCUUCUUGAAAUGGUUAUGUCAGAAGCUGACAGCACUUUAGGGCGGCUGGAAAAAGAGCCAUCUAUUCAAGAUUUCAAAACGCUUUCCAUAAUUGUUCACGUCUUAGUCAUUGCGGUUACUGCUCGCAAGUCUAGCCGUGUGCCAGACCACAAACCUGUUACAGCAUGCUUGAAGCGAAUUGCAGACAUCAUCUUGGUUGAUAAUGCUCAGCCUAAAUUUCCUUUCCUUGCAACCGAAUUCUUCCGCUUGGCCACUGCUGUGUUUGUUCUCGGUACAUUAGAGAACUGCGUUGGAAGCGGAAAGGCUGUCCUUGAUCGCAUCGCGGAUUAUAAUGAUGGACCCGCAACAUAUGGUUUCAUCCUUAGUCUCGCCAAGGUUGAAUGGCCCAACUUUACGCAAAUCAUGCUGCCAUACAUAGUGAAAAUUUGCACAGUUCACUAUAAAAAGUACUUUAAUCAGACCGUACUGUUUGUGGCCGAGCUUCUGGAAACUCAAGCAAUUCGAGUUACGCCAGGAAUGAUCUCUUCAAAUGUGACUCCAGAAGGCCUUCUCCGAUUUCCUACCGACACUACAAAAGGCUCAAAAGGGGAAAAGACCUCUUUUGUAGACAGCUUAUUGGAUGCUCUCCGCAACGACUAUGACUGGGAAUAUGAGAGAGAUGUAAUGAAUAAUUUGGACGUAAACGAGAAUGUUGAGGUGGUUUCCAAGAUAUCUGUGGUCAGUGCCAUUCUCUCCAUCAUUAGCCAUGUACAGAUAUCGGCUGAAGAAACUUUGGAUACGCUAGUGUCACUGUUUGAAUCUUUGAAGAACGCUCUCUCCAAAAUUCAAGACAACAGCAUCGCCAUGUCAGCAUUUACGGUUGGUCACAAGAACUUUCCGUUAGAGUCUCUGAUGGGUAUAAUUAUCAAGUCCAUCACAAGCGUCUCUGUAAGCUCAAACCAGCUGCAGAAGCUAUCUGGCUAUUGGAGUCGCUUCGUCAAUGAUGUCCUUCUUCAACAUCCUGGAAAUGAAAUGAUUGUACAUGGUGUAUAUACCUUCAUGGAUGCACUUCAAAACAGCAAAUUGGUUAAGGAUAACUUCAAGAAAGAGAAAUUGCCAGAAGUCUAUCAGACAUUAUGUCCUCUCAUUAGUUCAUACAGAAGUAACGAACGCCUGUACAUAUUGAAAAUCUUAGCACUUUACGAGCAGCUGCCUAUGGAACUCGAUGCCGAUCAUCGCGACUACGAGGAAUGCGAUGUCAUUAAUGUCAUGCUUACGAUGGAAGAAAUUUCCGCCAAUAUCAAGGAUUACCGAGACAAGGUGCUACAUCUUCGCAAACUUGGCGUUCUUCUUGCUUCUCAAAGAGUUCCCGAGUUCUAUUUUGAAGCCAUAUGCCGAAUUGCUUUAGCUCUCCUGACUAUCAAUUUUCAACCUCUCUGGGCCGAGUCUAUGGCUAUUCUCGAGACGGCUGCUAAAGUCGCUCCCAGACUCUACUGGAAGUAUACCUUUAAUGAAAUGCAAAAGUUUGAUAAUCAAUCUGAAUUGAUUCAAGACGGAUUUGCACAAUCGGCGACAUCCUUGUACUUUGCACCACCAGCACCCACUAGCGGUCAAGCUACCAAGACUGGCGGUUUAAGUUUUGAGUGUCCAAAUCUUAAUAAGUUCAUAAGAGCUGAAGACGAGGCAACAAGUGCUAUUUGUAAAGAUCAGGCAAAAUCCUUGGCUAUGCUCUUUGUCAAGACAUAUGCUCCGGCCAAUGACAGGAUGGAUUAUUGGAACUACUAUACCUUGAUCCUCAAGACAUUUGCAAAGAUUCCUACGGUUACUGAGCAACACAACAAAACUAUCAUUCCAGUGUUCCUCAAGUUCUUGGAAACCGAGUACUACACAGCAUUUGAAGGUGACUUUGACGAAGAGCAGGAGGAAAGCAAGGCAGCUCGUAUGGAUGUAGACUGGUCUCAAGAUGUUGAGGUUUUAGAACGCAGUGCAAGAACUUCGAAACAAAAGAUGAUUCAAUGGCUUCAAAUCUUUGCAUCUUUCAAGUCUUCAAAGUCCAUGUACAAGAGUGACGAACUCCGUGACGUUUUCCUACGCUUGCUGACAAAGGGUGAUCCAAAGCUCCAAGCCGCAUCGUUAAAAUGUCUUUACACUUGGAAGAGCCCUGCGAUAUCCCCUUAUGCGGAUAACCUCAAUAAUCUUGUGGAUGAGACUCGAUUCCGCGAUGAACUCUCAACCUUCAUGAUCAACCAUGAGCAAAAUACAGUAGAUCCUGCUCAUCGAAAGGAGCUGAUGCCAGUUGUGAUGCGAGUCUUGUACGGAAGAAUGGUCCAGCGUAAAGGAAAAAGUGCUGCUAAAGGCAAUAUGGGUAACCGCCGUAAAGCUGUUCUAGGAGCUGUGGCAUGUUGUGAAGAGGAUGAAGUUCGAUUUUUCAUUCAUCUCAUGUUGGACCCUUUCAAGCCGCUGCUGGAAUUACCUGACUCUACCCAGGCGGGUGCAGAGUUUGAUAUCAUCACGAGCACCGAUGUGACCACUUUCGUUCCUUAUAGAAAGCAAUUGGGAUUCCUCAACAUUCUGAAUGAUGUUUUGACGCAAUUGAGCUCAAAUAUUCUACCAAGUUUGCAUGAGAUUAUCAAGGUUACUCUUUAUCUCAUUCACUCUGCCAGCAACAAGGCUGUUGUGUCAGCAGCAGAAUCAAGUGAAAUGGAAGUUGACGAGCAAGAGGAGGUUCCGGAAGAGGAAGUGCAAGACGAAGAUGACGUUGAAGAAGCUGGAUUUAAGCCGGAGGACUCUCAAAGCCAAAGCCGUAACUCAAGAGAGGUUCGCCUGUUGGGAAUCAAACGUCUUGUCACCAUGUUCAACUUGAGUGGAUCAUUUGAUUUUACCAAAUACCUUCCUUCCAUGUUUUCAUCCUUCAUUUCUGCGCGUCUACCAAAGUUCGCUCUUGAAAACACACAAGCGCCAUCAUCCCUACUCGAGCUUUUCUAUGCCUGGUCAUCGCGACGGGAGUAUAUGCUGUAUCUUUCUGAUUACGAUCCUAUCCUUCUUCCUCAAGUAUUCAGCAUCCUAUCGGCAAAGAAACUACGGGAACGUGUUCAUGUCAUGGUGUUGGAUAUUAUUGAGAACAUCUUGGAUAACUGCCAAUCGGAUAUGGAUGUAGACAAGGCCGAGUCCAAGACUCUCACUGCAACCUUGAUUGUGUCGAACGUUGAUAUUUUGCUUACCAACCUGGAACACUCACUUAUGCAAUCCAGAAAUGAUGCCAAGUUUGGAAAAGAAAAGUUCUCUGUCCGUGAAAUCGCCAUCGUAUCAAGAAUCUCUUCCUAUGUUGAUAAUGGACGACAGGCUACAACCAUUGUUGACCUUCUGUUGCCAUGUCUGAAAAAGAACCCUAGAGUGGUGCCAGAGAAGACAAAAGCGAACAUUUUGGAGAUCUGGGCCAGAUUCCUUCCCAUCAUUCCUGACUUCAAGGCUGGAUCAGAUUUGUUCAAGCGCUAUUAUAGCUACGUAUCUAUGAUGUUGUCCGCUCUUCAAGGUCGACAAGUCAGAUUGCUGUUGAUUCAAGUUUUCAAGCAAUUUGCUGCAGUGGAUGAUUCAUUGAGCCAGAUUGCUUACUUGCUUGAGGAAUUGAACGCAUUUUCUGAUCGACGCAUCGACGAACCCGAUUUCGAUCGUCGCCUAGAUGCCUUUGCCAAGAUCAAUCAAGAGCUUAAUCCAACAUUUUCGCCCAAGCAAUGGCUCCCUCUUCUCCAUCAGUGUUUGUUCAACAUGCACGAUCCUGAAGAAAUGGCCAUUCGUGGAACUUCUUCUUUGGCUGUCAUGAAGUUUAUCGACAAUACCGCUAGCCCUGAGCACGAAAACGAAAAGGAAGAGAUGGUCAAUCUCAUCAGUCACAUAGUGUAUCCUGGUAUUAAGAAGGGCUUGGCAUCGUCCAUUGAAUUGGUUCGAGUCGAAUUUAUCACUGUAUUGGAUCAUGCUGUCAAGGUCUUCCCUGAGCUGCCUCAUUUUGCUGAUCUUGUCUGCUUGCAAGCUGCUGGAGAUGAAGAAGCCAACUUUUUCAACAACAUUUACCACAUGCAAAUCCAUCGUCGUCUCAGAUCACUCGGUCGUCUGUCUGAAGCUGCUGCAGCUGGCAAUGUCAAGCCCAGCAGUAUCAACAAUAUUUUCGUUCCAAUCCUGACGCACUUCAUUUUCGAAAGCGAUCAAGUUACGGAUCACAAUAUUAUCAAUCAGAGUAUUAUGACAUUCGGUGUUCUGGCUGGCCAGCUUCCUUGGAACAGCUACUACCGACUGUUGAAGCAAUAUCUCAAGAUGAUACCCAAGAAGACUGACCUGGAAAAGGUCCUUGUUCGUUUGGUAACAAGUAUUUUAGACUCCUUCCAUUUCGAUCUCACUCAAGUACAAUUGUCAGAGGAAUCUGUCCAAAAUAUUAUGAAGCGCAAGAAGAUCAUUAUCGAGUAUAUGGAGGAGCCGUCUGCAACAGGUCCUAUCCCAGAAGCUGAUGAAGAGGAAGAAGUCGAGGAAGAAAAGCCCGUUGAGCAAAAAGAUUUAGCUGAACGUAUUCACGACACCGUGGUGACCAAGCUCCUUCCUGAACUUCACCGGUAUUUGACCAACAAAGAUGAAACUAGCGCCACUCUGCGUGUGCCAGUUGCUUUGGGUAUGACCAAGGUUCUCAAGGCUCUACCAGAGAGUUCCAUGAGAGUCAAUUUACCAGGAUUGCUCACUUCGGUCUGUCAAAUCUUGAAGAGUCGUCAACAAGAUGCUCGUGAUUCCACCCGUGAUACUUUGAUCAAGAUCAACAAUUUCCUUGGACCUUCCUACUUCCCUUUCAUCUUGAAGGAAAUGCAAGCCGUUUUGCAACGAGGUUACCAGCUUCACGUUCUCGGUUUCACUCUCAACUCGUUGUUGUCAGAUAUGAUCCCCAAGCUUAAUGUUGGCGAUUUGGACUUUUGCUUGCGACAAGUUGUUGGUAUCCUUGUUAAUGACAUCUUUGGUCAAACUGGCGAAGAGAAAGAAACGGACGAAAUCACUGGCAAAAUCAAGGAAGCAAAGACCAACCGCAGUUUCAGCUCUUUUGAACUCAUGGCUCAAAUCACAGAGUUUAAGAACCUGUCUGUCAUGCUCAUUCCUCUUCGUGAGAUUAUGAGUAAUACCGAAAGUCUUACAGCUACCCGAAAGAUUGAUGAGACUCUCAGUCGAAUUUCUCUUGGUUUGAAUCGUAGUGCUCAGUUCGAUGCCAAGGAAAUAUUGAUUUUCUCUCACCGUUUGAUUUCACAAAACGCUGGUUUCAGCGACGGCAAGACCAAGAAGAAAGCUGCCAAGUCCCAAAUGGAGAAGAAUUUCGAAGUGCAAAAUAAGCGAGACUUCAGCGAACCGGUUGAUCAUUACCGCACCAACGCAUUCCGUUUCGUUUACUUUGGUUUGUCAAUCCUGCUCACUGCACUGAAGCGUAACCGAUUCGAUACCAAGUCUCACGAACACUUGCAAAUGCUCGAUCCAUUUGUCAACGUUGUAGGCAAUUGUUUGUACUCAACCCAAACUACCAUUGUGAUAACAGCCUGCAAGGUUUUGAACGUUCUCUGCAAGUGGCCUCUUCCAUCUAUUCCUGAAUCUGUCCCGGUCUUAGUCAAGCAAAUGUUUGUCAUCAUCAAGAGCUCUGGCAACACGAACUCUAAUCUUAUUCAGACGAGCUUCAAGCUCCUUACUGUGUGUAUCAGAGACCGUUCCGAGUCGUCAUUGACAGAACACCAACUCACUUACAUUAUCAACUUGAUUCGACCGGAUUUGGAGGAACCUGAAAAGCAAACUACCACCUUUGCUCUCAUUCGUGCCAUCAUCUCGCGCAAGUUCAUGGCUCCAGAAGUAUAUGAUUUGAUGGAGAAUGUUGCGGAGAUCAUGGUUACCAGUCAAGGAAGAGAAGCUAGAGAUUUGUGCCGAGGUGUUCUUUAUCAGUUUUUGAUGGAAUAUCCACAAGGCAGAGGCAAGCUUCGACAGCAAAUGGGCUUCCUAGUCAAAAAUCUGGAUUACGCUCACGAGAGUGGUCGUGAAUCGGUCAUGGAAAUGCUUCAUGUAAUUUUCAACAAAUUUGGUGAUGAUAUCCUUAUGGAAUACGCCGAGAUGUUCUUUGUCGCUUUGGUAUUACGUUUGGUAAAUGACGAAUCAGCGAAAUGCAGAGAAAUGGCUGGUACAUUGAUCAAGGUUCUACUUGUCCGCAUGGACCAACAACGUAUCUCAAACGUCUACAAGCUGCUCGAAAAGUGGCUCGCCGAUUACAGUCAACGCAAUCUUCAACGUGCUGCUUGUCAAGUUUAUGGUCUUGCCGUCGAAGCAUUUGGUGAUGGGUUCAAGAAUCGAAUCCCACAAUUGCUUGAACGUCUAAACGAGAUGCUUCAACUGAGCAAGGAUUUGACUCACAAGUAUCACGACUCGGAAGACGAUGAUGAAGAUGAAAUGGCACUUGAUCUGGAGUGGGAGGUUGGCUAUUAUGCUCUCAAUACCUAUACCAAAAUUAUCAAGCAAUUCCCUGCUAUCAUCUACUCUGAAUCAGUACCUAUCUGGAAUGUCAUCGAAGAUCAUAUCCUUCAUCCUCACACAUGGAUCCGCAUAGCUUGUACAAGAUUGUACGGUCUUUACUUUGCUAAUAUUAAUCCCGAAACUCGCCAAUUGAUUGACGGCAAGACUACCAUCUCAUAUUUGACCCGCUCAAAGCUGCGAUUGUUAGCUUCUCGCUUUACUUUACAAUUAAAGAGUAAGUUGCUUACUGAAGAUCUGGGAACCCAAAUCGUCAAGAAUCUCUUCUACAUUGGAAAGUGCUUCUACCUUAUUCCCACUUCGGAGGAUGUGCCUGACGCGUCAGAAGAAAUUGCUCAAACCAAUGACGCUGAGGAUAUUGAAGAAGCCGAUGCAGACGAAGAUGCCGGUAUCAAUGGAGUAGAGGCAACAGGAGGUGCUACUGAACGCGAUGAAGACGAAAAGAUGAUCGAGGCCAACAAAUUCAAGGCAGCCAAGCCCUCUUUAGCAUGGCUGUUCAAUAAGGAAUCCUUCCUUGCUCGUGGUGCUGCGAUUCGUGGUCAAAAGAACAUUCUCCUCCGUACAUGUGUAUUCAAAUGGUUUGCUGCCAUGAUGUCCGUUUUGAAAGCAGGGGAGAUCACUCCGUUCUUAAUAUCAAUUGUCUCGCCACUUUAUCGAACUGCUGAAGACGAAGAUACCAAGGGAACCGAUUUUGAUGAACUCAAGCAACUUGCUAAUGAAGUUCUCAGUUUGGUGCAAAAGAAGGUUGGCACAACCGAGUACUUUUACGCCUACAAUAAAGUGCGACAAAGAGUUCAAGAAGUACGCAGCCAACGCAAAGCUAACAGAGCUUACCAGGCUGUUUCUGACCCUGUAGCCGCUGCACGCAUGAAAGUGAAAAGAAAUGAGAUGAAGAGAAAUGCCAGAAAGCGAAAGACUGCGGAUUUCGCAAACAACAAGGCUCGCUUCGGAAUCAAAAAGAGACGUGGAGGAGCCGAAUAGAGAGAUUACACAUAUCAAAAAACAGAUAAUAUAGACUGUACAUAGCA